AUGUAUAGCAAUGGAAGGAUUGAUUUGAAAGACAGUGGUCAGAGGUAUACUGGCUAUGGCAUUUAUAGAGGCGGAUGGAAUGAAGGCCCCAAUUAUCAGGUUUUCAUGUGCGCUGAGUUUAAUGUCGCUCCCUCAUCUGCCAAUACAUGGCAUGCCCCUUAUUCCGAUCCAUAUGACCAUAUCAGGGGGGCGACAAUUAUCUCGGGCCAGCAAUCAAUUACUGGCGGAAAGGAUGGGUAUCAGUAUGCAGAAAGGGUUGGAGCUCUCUUAGAAUUCCCGCCAGAUACAACGAUCCUAAAAUCAAAAGUUGGAGUCUCCUUCAUUUCGACCGAGAAAGCUUGUCGAUUUAUUGAUGAAGUUCGGUCUUGGGAAUUGAAUGAUACCAUGAAGGCUGCAAAGAAGCGAUGGAAUACCGAAAUUCUAAGCAAGGUUACCACAUCUGAUAUCAAUGCAACAAGGUUGACGAUGCUAUAUUCGGCACUAUACCGUGCGCACCUACUCCCUAGCAAUAGGACUGGUGAGAAUCCGUACUGGGAGUCCACGGAGCCAUACUACGACGACUAUUAUGCGAUAUGGGACACAUUUCGAUGUCUGAACAGUCUAUACUUGUUAUUGAAGCCGCAGUUCGCAGCCGAAACCAUUCGUUCUCUAAUUGAUAUUUGGAGAUUUGAGCGUUUCAUGCCUGAUGGUAGAAGUGGUAAUGCAAAUGGAAGGGUUCAAGGAGGUAGUAAUGCAGACAAUGUUUUAGCCGAUGCAUACGUCAAGGGCUUACAGAAGGGGAUCAACUGGACCGACGGCUACUUGGCGAUGAAAACCGAUGCCGAAGUUGUUCCGUAUAACAAUUUCGACGCUGCGGACCCAUCCGGCUCCACCAAGGAAGGACGAGGUGCUCUUCCAGAUUGGCACAGGUACGGAUACAUCACUCCAAACUUCGGUCGAUCUAUUAGCCGGACGGUCGAGUAUUCAUUGAACGACUUCGCCCUGAGCCAAGUUGCAAAGGAUUUAGUCCCAGAGGACUAUCAGAUAUAUCUAGACAGGAGUGCAGGAUGGCAACGCAUCUGGCACGAGGACAUUAGUAGCCUUAAUUUCAUCGGAUUUCUAGCACCAACCUGGCCAAACGGGACGGUCACACCAGGCUAUGAUCCUCUAGACUGUGGAGAGUGUGAAUGGAGCUCUCACUGUUAUGAGGCGUUACCAGUAGAGUAUGGGUGGACCGUUCCGUUUGAUAUGGAGACGCUGAUUGAGCUCAUGGGAGGACCGGAAACGAUGGAACAACGGCUUGACGCAAUGUUUAUUCCAGGCCUCCGCCGGGGUGAUGUAGGCUCUGGCGGAACGAACACAAUUGGCACCACACUAUUCAACCCAGGGAACGAGCCCAGCUUCUUCACUCCGUUCCUCUACAAUUAUCUCCCGGGGCGGCAGUAUAAGUCUGUGCGUCGUCUCCGAGACACGGUCAACUCUUAUUACAGCACUCUCCCGUCUGGGCUUCCAGGGAAUAGCGACGCAGGGGCUCUGGACAGCUGGCUGAUAUGGAACUUUCUGGGCCUAUACCCGGUAGUAACUCAGCCUAUUUACAUGCUUUCGAGUCCGUGGUUCAACAAUAUCUCUUUAUCCGUAGGAGACAAUGCAAGGCUUACUAUCACGGCCGAGAACCUCGGCGACGAGAGCUACUUCGUCCAGAGCCUCAUGGUCAAUGGGAAGCCGUGGAUGAAGAGCUGGAUUAGUCACGACGACAUCAAGGAUGGCGGGAGUAUUGAGUUCAUAUUAGGCUCCAAUAUGGCCAUCUGGGACACGGGAGACCUUCCGCCCAGUCCCGGUCACGUAAAGUUGGAUGUGUAG